AUGCCCGCCGUCGUCGAGGACCUAACACCCACUACAAGUCCACAAGCUGCAGCCAUGGAAUCGUCUGCGGACAAGAAGCGCAAUAAGCUGGGAUACCAUCGCACCUCCGUCGCAUGUGUCCACUGCCGUCGACGAAAGAUCCGAUGCCUCGUGGCGCCGGAUGAUUCCCAGGGACGAUGCGAAAACUGCAUUCGCCUGCGGAAGGAGUGUCAGUUUUUCCCCGUCGACCAACAGCCUCCUGUGGAGAAGAAAUCCCGCCCCAGCUCGCGUUUAGACACUGCCUCCACGGACCCGUCCACGGCGUCAUCGUCCCCACCGAAUGUUUCGGGGGUCGACCAAGCCGAGGCAUUCUUCCCCUAUCAGCCCAUGCCGUUGGGUUCCAGUCAGGACGUGGCGGGAUUCAACCCCGCCGCCUUUCCAGGCAACCCAAUGGCACCUUUUGCGCCAGGUUGGUGGCCGCCGCAACGACCGGGAACAAACGUGCGUGUGCUGACACAGGAUCCAGUAGAUCGCACUGUCGGUUCCGCCGAAUUCGCGUCGCCGCCCGCCCUCGACCCGUCGGUCCCGUGGGACGAGUACACGACGAUGGCAGCAGAUCCGCAGAUGUUGGCGAACAUGUCGGCCGGGAAAACGAUGAUGAACAUGCCGUGGGGUCCAGCACACAACCCAAUGGCGCCCAUGCCCACCGCCUCCCCCCUCCCAGGGACGCCUACGGUCCCGUCACAGCCGCAGGGUCUCACGCCAGCGCCGACGUUCGCGAUGCAACCGGACGGCACCGUCUGGCAGGUGCCUCCCACGCGGACCAUGUCGUUCCCGGCACCCGCAGCCGACAUGGUACCGUAUCCCGCCCCCGGGCAAUUCGUGCAGCCCUCGCCGGCGGAUCUCAAGCGGAGGAUGACCAGCCCGGCCCAGUCCUUCAGCGGCGCGCCAGUCAACCCCCAGAGCCCUCCCGCGGCGGAUCUACAGACGGGCAUCUCGGUAUCGUACCCCGGGCAGCCGACACCGAUGGGCUUCCACUCGUGGCAGGACGUCAACACCAUGUCUCCGAUGAACGUGGUGCCGUACCCCAUCUACCCGGAUCCCGGACAGCAGGCCGGCUUCGGCAGCCAGUCACCCAUGGGGCCCCCGGGGCCGGGGCAUUCUCCGCAUUCAUGA